CAACAAACGCUUCACUUUGACUUGCGAGCGAAUUGUACCGGAAACCAAAGCCGAAAUGCAGGCUGACGUCACCGGCGCCUAUCUGUUGAACGACGCCAAACCCACCCGCAUCCACUCUUUGCACCUGGGCAACGCCCACGCACCACUAUCGGUGCUCCCCAUGGGUCUAGAAACUGGUGGACAAACCUGCUUGUACCUUGCGGGCAUGCAGGUUUGUUCCACGCUACUCGCGAUACAGACUACAUAAAUGUCGACCAUGGUACUGGAAAAGAUUUUUGCUCUUGAAUUCCAGCGGGACUUGACAAAACCUCCCUCCAAGCCAGGCACUCUAUCCUUCCAUAUAACUUUACCCCACCAGUUAUUGAGAGAUACACGACAACUUGAGACAAGACCCAGUUCAAACAGACCAAUAAUAACUCAUAAUCAUGGGUUCAGACGAGCAAAAGCCCACACCGGAGAACACCACGUUGUUUCAAGGUUUCGAAUGGAACGUUCCUGACGACAACAAGCACUGGAAGCGACUUGCGGCCGAACUGCCCAAGCUAAAAGCGAUUGGCAUCAGCAACAUAUGGCUUCCUCCGGGCUGCAAGGCUGCUAACCCCAAGGGCGUCGGAUACGACAUUUACGACCUGUAUGACCUCGGCGAGUUUGAUCAGAAGGGCGCAAAAGGCACCAAAUGGGGAACGAAGGAAGAGCUGUUGGAGCUAACCAAGGUCGCGAAAGAGCACAACGUAGGCCUGUACUGGGAUGCCGUGCUCAACCACAAGGCGGGCGCCGAUAGGACAGAGAAAUGCCGUGUCAUAGAGGUUGACCAGAGCGAUCGCACGAAGGAAGUCUCAGAAGCAUAUGAGAUUGAGGGAUGGCUAGGCUUUGACUUCCCCGGCCGCGGCGACAAGUACUCGUCUCAGAAGUAUUCCUGGGAGCACUUCAGUGGCACAGACUACAACCAGGCCAACGAAAAGAAGGCCAUCUACAAGAUCCUCGGUGACAACAAAGGCUGGUCGCAGAGUGUGGACGACGAGUCGGGAAACGCAGACUACAUGAUGUUUGCUGACAUCGACUACUCGCACCCAGAAGUCCAAGCCGAUGUAAAGAACUGGGGAGUCUGGAUCACGAAAGAGCUCGGGCUAAAGGGUUUCCGACUCGAUGCCGUCCAGCACUUCAGUGAGCGCUUUACCAAUGAGUGGAUCGACAAUCUGCGCGAACAAUGCGGCGAGGACAUGUUCGUCGUCGGUGAAUUCUGGAGCGGAGAUGUAAAGGAGAUGAGCGACUGGCUGAACGAUAUGCACCACAAAUUCGCCCUCUACGACUCGCCCCUGCUCAACCACUUCGGUCAGAUCUCCACAACGGAAGAAGGCGACUUACGCAAGGUCUUUGACGACACGCUCGUCCAGCUGCGCCCGCUCAAUGCGGUGACUGUGGUGACGAACCACGACACACAACCCGGCCAAGUCAUGGAAACCAAAAUCGAAGGCUUCUUCAAGCCCCUCGCCUACUCCCUCAUUCUUCUGCGCCAGGAUGGCUACCCCUGCCCCUUCUACGGCGACCUAUACGGCCUCGCAGAGCCGCACAAGACGCCCGCGUCCUGCGGCGGUAAACUCGCCGACCUCAUCUUGGCUCGCAAACUCUAUGCCUAUGGUGAUCAGGACGAUUACUGGAAUGACCCGAAUCUGGUUGGCUUCGUAAGACGCGGUACCUGGGAUAAGAAGGCUGGUCUGGCCUGUGUGAUGAGUAACAAGGGACCGGGACAGAUCAAGAUGGCGGUCGGGGAGAUGCACGCUGGUGAGAAAUGGACGGAUGUGCUUGGCUGGGAGGAGGGCGAGGUAGAGAUUGACAGUGAUGGGUAUGGCCUGUUCAAGUGCCCUGGAACUAGCGUGGCUGUCUGGGUACGCAGUGAUGCCGAGGGUAGGGACCAGUUCCCUACCAAUUUCGACGCGGACAUUUACAAGGCAUAAAUGCUGUCGCGGGGAUGGAGAGAAGG